UGUUUCGAGUGGCCAUUCCAACAGAUUUAAUUGCUUCUAAUGGAGAAACGAUCAAGGCACCAUGGCAUCAACUGUUAAACCAACAGACCGCAAGUGCCGGUCCUAUGGAUCACAGCUCUCCAAAGAUCAGGUGGAGCAGUGCAAGUGCCGCAUGGACCGCACCGCACUACCAGAGCCUGAUGACCCCUGCUGCCCUUGGGAACCCCUGGUGAGGUAAGCUGCUCUGCACCAACCCCAGCACCAGCUGACCCUGUCCGGGGCCUCUACUGCCUCCCCUGCCUUGGAGGUCACCACAGCUGCGGGCCUCCCCGCACAGGCCUCCCAUGUCAACCUACUCCAAGACCUCCUCCGAGAGCCGAUCACCGUAACAGCCUUCAAGUCGCCACCGUCAGCUCUGCCUAACCACUGCAGGUGACGGAAGGCCUGUACGUCGGGGGAGAUUGCCGUGGACUCUAACCCCUCGUGCUGGAAGAGGCCCAGGGUAGAGAUUUUGUCCUCCAGAGACAACUCCAUCUGAGUGACCAGUUGGACGAAGACUAGCGUUCCUUCCCCUCUUCCCCCUACCCAGAUGAUGAACACGUCUCCCGGACGAGGCAUCUCCCAGAGAUCUUGGGAAGCAAGGAGGAGAACUGUGUUGUCACCCUGAGUGUGCAGACCGGUAAAGGGACCCCAUUGUCCCCUUUAAGAAACCCCGAAUGGUGGCCUGUUUUACCCCAAGGUGAGGGAAUCCUAACUGGAAGUGUUCUAGAAACCCCUGGAACUUCCACUUUUCCAUCCACUGUGGGGAGAAAAUGGUAGCUGAAACAGAAGAACUGAGAAACCAUGGAAGCCAGUGGGCUCAUCUGAGAUGUGGCGGAGAGCAAAUGGUGACCCAACUCAAAAUUGCCAAGUGCAGCCCUACAUCCCAGAUUGAAAGCACUAGACAAGUCCGUUUGCCAGCAUACUGCACCACAACCAAAGCAUCUGGAAAGACCAUCUUAUCUUUUUUGUUUACUUUACCCAGCUGUAAAGCAUCCUGUGGUCCAAGGUGAAGGAUGGUCUGUCCAAAGAUGUUCUGCCCUCGGUCUGAACUAGGUAUCAAGGAUGACGUGGGCUUAGCUCCAGGAGCCGGAGGACCUCCACGACAUACUACUGUAUCCGCUGAUCACGUCCCUUGAGAUGAGCCCAGAGGCCUGGAUAGCCAGCCUUCGGAAAAGAGCCCAAUCCAUUAUCAGAAACGUGGAUUUCGGCAACAUACUCCCAUUUGGCCUGGGUACCCGAUCAGGAAGGAAAGUCUGAAGAAUGAUUAUGACCCCAAUCUCAUCCCGGGCAACUCCAAAUAUAAAUAUGGAUUAAAAAAACAGGAGAUCACAUGAACAACUGCAGCAGACCAAGAAACAGCGCCUAGCGAUCAAGCCCGAGUCGAAAGAAAAAAAAUCUAGUAAACAAACGCCGACAUCAUCAUCCCAGUAGCCAAAAGCAGCAAGGCCAGAGACAGCCUGCCAGGAGACCAGUGCCAGAAGCAGAUGGAAAACACCCCAAUUGGGAGACGGCUUCAAGGUUUCACAAAGGAAUGGGCACUGCUAACGUCUGACUGGUGGAUCAUUGAAGUUCUAAUGUAAAAUUAAUCUCAAACCCCCCUGACGGACCACCAGAGAGCUUCUGUCACGAAAAAGAUACAAAUGUCAGAAGCUGGGAAAGACACGCUGCCGUCUUGGUUGCACUGGGAACCAGAGACCCGGAUGCUGGAAGGUCUUCCCCUUGAUACAGACAAGGGCGUCCAUUACAUUUCAGUCAAUGCAAUGCAGUUGGCAUCCAAUGGCAGCUAUGUGCCCCAAGCCACAAAUGUUUUUUCCAUUGAGGUUUAUCCUGAAGACCACAAUGAGCCUCAGUCAGUUAGGGUGGCAUCACAAGAUCUGAAUGAGGCUGUUCCAUUCGUGUGUGGGGCAGAUGAGCCAGUGACUAUCCUGACGGUAAUUCUGGAUGCCGAUUUAACAAAAAUGACACCAAAGCAGCGGGUUGAACUUUUGAACAGGAUGAGGAGCUUUUCGGAAGUCGAACUUCACAACAUGAAACUGGUUCCCGUUGUAAAUAACAGAUUGUUCGAUAUGUCAGCCUUCAUGGCUGGCCCAGGAAACGCAAAGAAAGUGGUAGAGAAUGGAGCCUUACUGUCGUGGAAGCUUGGCUGCUCCUUGAACCAGAAUAGCGUCCCCAACAUCAGCAGUGUCGAAGCCCCGGCUAAAGAAGGCACGAUGUCUGCCCAGCUCGGCUACCCAGUCGUAGGCUGGCACAUCGCGAACAAGAAACCCCACCUGCCCAAAAGGAUAAGGAGACAGAUCAACGCUACACCUACCCCGGUCACCGCCAUCGGACCCCCCACCACUGCCCUCCAAGAACCGCCGACUAGAAUCGUCCCCACGCCCACUUCCCCAGCCAUUGCUCCUCCUACCGAAACAACGGCACCGCCAGUACGAGACCCGGUUCCUGGGAAACCCACGGUUACUAUUCGCACGCGAGGCGCCAUCGUUCAGACCCCGACCCUGGGACCAAUUCAGCCAACCAGAGUGGUGGAAACGACCAGUACCGUUCCUGGGCAGAUUCGUCCAACGAUGACCAUUCCGGGCUACGUGGAGCCUACCGCAGUCGCCACUCCACCCAGUACGACCACCAAGAAACCGAGAAUAACCACCUUGAAACCAGCCACCCCCUCUACGACGGAUUCUUCCACCACCACCACCACGCGACGACCCACCAAAAAACCCAGAACCCCGCGGCCCGCGCCCCGCGUCACAACCAAAGCCCCCAUCACCAAACUGGAAACGGCCUCAACCCCGACUCGGAUCCGCACCACAACUAGCGGGCCCCCUCGUGUUUCCGAGCCCAAUCAGCCCCCAGAGCUCAAGAACCACAUCGACAGGGUAGAUGCGUGGGUUGGCACCUACUUUGAAGUGAAGAUCCCAUCGGAUACCUUCUAUGAUAAGGAAGACACCACUACGGACAAGCUGAAACUGACUCUGAAGCUGCGAGAACAGCAAAUGGUGGGGGAAAAGUCCUGGGUCCAGUUUAACAGCAACAGUCAACUGAUGUACGGGCUCCCGGACAACAAUCACGUAGGCAAGCACGAGUACUUCAUGCACGCUACAGAUAAAGGUGGCCUGUCUGCCGUGGAUGCUUUUGAAAUCCACGUCCACAAGCGACCUCACGGUGACAAGGCUCCAGUUCACUUUAAGGCCAGGUUCCAGGGCGACCCCGCCUCAGUGGUGGACGACAUCCAUAAAAAAAUUACCCUGGUGAAGAAAUUGGCUUUUGCGUUUGGGGACCGAAACAGCAGCACCAUUACCCUGCAGAACAUCACGAGAGGCUCCAUCGUCGUCGAGUGGACGAACAACACCUUGCCUCUGGAUCCCUGCCCAAAGGAACAGAUCCAAAGUAUGAGCAAGAGGAUCUCGGAGGAUGACGGGAAGCCUCGCCCGGUUUUCUCCAACGCCCUGGACCCAGACUUCAGCGCCUUGAGCAUUUCGGUGACGGGCUCAGGUAGCUGCAGGCACAUUCAGUUCAUUCCCGUCACGGCCGUCCGGAAGGUCCCCUCGGAAGCACCCCCGACGGUGGUGACGGAGAAGGACCCGGAGAAGAGCAGCGAAGAUGACGUGUACCUCCAUACCGUCAUCCCCGCCGUGGUGGUGGCGGCUAUCCUGCUCAUCGCCGGGAUCAUCGCUAUGAUCUGUUACCGCAAGAAGAGAAAGGGCAAGCUAACCAUUGAGGACCAGGCGACCUUCAUCAAGAAAGGCGUGCCGAUCAUUUUUGCCGACGAGCUUGAUGACUCGAAGCCUCCUCCCUCCUCCAGCAUGCCUCUGAUCCUUCAGGAGGAAAAGGCCCCCCUUCCGCCUCCAGAAUACCCAAACCAGAACAUGCCAGAGACCACCCCAUUGAACCAGGAUACCAUAGGGGAGUAUACUCCACUGAGGGAUGAAGACCCCAAUGCCCCUCCGUACCAACCCCCCCCACCUUUCACUGCACCCAUGGAGGGCAAAGGUUCCCGCCCGAAGAACAUGACCCCCUACCGGUCACCCCCUCCGUACGUUCCCCCUUAACGUAGAGAUUGGGUCUUUGGGGGACGGGACCUGUAGUUCCACACCAGUGUUGUCUAUAGGGAUUGAUGGCCUGCAAGUCAUUGCCAACCAGAAAUCAACACCCAAAUCCCCUCCCCAACCCCCCAAACACACACAGGUCCUGAACGAAAGCCUCCUCCGCCUCCUCCUCUUCCUCCUCCUGUUCUUAAUACCUGACCCCAAAGUGGCUGUGGAACUUUUGGGACUUUUUUAUUUUUAUUUUUGGCCUAACAGCUUUUGUUUGUUCAUAGAAAUUUCUUCGCUCAAGUAUUUCCGACGGCAGGCUUCUGAAAACCAACCAAGUCGAGUGGGGCGGGGGGUGGGGGCGGGG